AUGUAUGAGGUAUUGAAUGCGGCAGAGCAAAGUAUAGCGGAAAAUGAGUUGCAAAUAGCAAUGGACCUGGUGUUAGCUGUUUCUCGUCUUAUAGAAGUAACGGUGCCGCUCAUAGGGCAAGUCAAAGAGGGCUCUCCUCACCGCUCCGUGAAAAUGCAAAUUCGAUAUGCAUACAAACUUAUGUUACAAUUAGCUGCGUUACAACGCUUGGCUCUGUCUAUGGUUUCCCGUGAGCAUGAAAUGGCGAUAUCCGUAUUUGAAGAAUAUCGAACUACUGUGUUCGUUUUUGUAACCCGUCACCUAAACCCGAUACUACGCGGUUACAAUAAUUUGUUCUUGCUGUCAUUCCUGUCUUCUUGCCUCCAGGAUGCAAAAGAGCUUUUCGGUGAUUCAGAUGACCUUGUAGCUUGGAAGUACGAAAGUGAGGAAAGAGCUGGUAAACUAGCAGAAAUCGAGCAAGCGCAGGAAGAGUCCUUUUUGAAAGCUCUCGAAUCCAUGCCCCUCAACAGACGUCCGAAUCAGCUGGCUCAUUCUGGGACUAUCGGAAAGGGUGCCCGGCACUUGCAUAAGGUUGAGCCACCGGCGGUA